GCUGGCGUGACGGAGACCACUCACAGGUGGGGCAGUUUGUCUGUUGGCGUUCGUUCUGUCUGUGGUUUCGAGACCGAGGGAUCCAAAAACUGAGGGAAUUCACCAGCUGAAAAGAAAUAAAGGAGAGACCGCGCAGCAAUAUGUCCCAAGACUAUCCACCACAGGGCGGGUAUCCGCAGGGAGGACCUCCACCACAAGGAGGGUAUGCACCACAGGGAGGACCUCCACCACAAGGAGGGUAUGCACCACAGGGAGGACCUCCACCACAGGGUGCAUAUGCCCCGCAAGGUGGUCAAACGGUCAUUGUCACAACAUCGCCACAGUUCGGCCGCCAACCUGUCCAGAUGCAGUGUCCUCAUUGUCACGCCCAGAUUGUGACCAGCGUGGACUUUGUCGUUGGAGGCUUCACUUGGUUGAUCGCACUUCUGCUGUUCUUUUUCGUUUUUGCAAUCCUAUCCUGCAUCCCGUGUUGCAUCAACGCUUGCAAGGACGCGCGGCACUCUUGCCCGAACUGCAAGCAGGUCCUGGGUGAACGCAAAAAGAUGGAUGACUGUUGUUAGCACAGAUCCUCAUCCCGCCACCAUUGUAUACUGCACUAGUUAGACUUGACCGCCAUUCUUUUCACGGAGAGGAUAAAGAUACCGGUUUACCUCUAGAAAAUACGUGUUUACCUCAGUUUCAUAAAGGGACGCGAAGGGCACGUGUAAAAAAGAAUAUAAUAUCCUCGAUGAUGUCACCCAUUUCCGCCACGUUGCACCACUAUAAUACAAUACACCAAUCCAAUACAAGCAAGGAUUUGUUUACAAACAGAGUUAUACAAUGCUGUACAAAAAAGGUCACUGAUAUUCAUAAAACUCACUUAUUGGGAGGAAUUCAACAACCAAUCUUCGUUUGAGUGAUGAAAACAUGUUUUUGAUCAUAUGCCCGACAACAGUUCAAAUUUAUCUGUCUUAGACGCUGAAUAAGGAGGAAAAUGAUCCCAAAAAGUUGAUAAUAUUUUGUAACAUGGUACAUCAUGUGACCAAAUAUUCUCAACAUUUUGUGAUUUUUUUUCCUUUUUACAUCAAGUCUAAAACAGAUAAUUCAAAACCGUUGAUGUAAUAAUGUGUUGAAUAUACAUGUAUGUUUUCGUUUGAAAAAACAUGAACUCAUCUCUGGCCACUCUUCUUCCCUUUAAAUGUGACAACAUCACGCUAGUUUUGUAUGCUAAUAAUACUAAUAAUAAUAAUAACUUUAUUAUUUAAAGUGCCUUAGGGCUGCGCUAUGCCAAACCCUUUCUAAACACUGUACAAUACGUUUUAAAAAACAUCCUGACACUGUAAAACAUUGUGCGCAAAUUUGCAAAGUGAUUGUAAAAAAUUUUUUGCCAGUAGAUAAUGUGUAGAGGUCACACAAAUAGUUUCCAUUUAAAAAACCCGUCUCAAAAAAAUUUAAAUUGGCUCUUACUGAAUAAUGGUAGAUAGUACGUGUAAUACAUAACAUAAUCCUUAGGUAAAACAUUGUCUGAAUAAAUGCGUGUUGAACGACUUCUUAAAAUUGACCAUUUCUGUAACGCCACGCAACUGACACGGGAGGGAGUUUCACAGCCUCGGGGCCGACACCCUCAGGCCACGAUCGCCAUAUGUCCCAUUUGAACGAGGACUGGUCAGUAGCCAGGGAUCAUCUGACGACCGCAGACCGCGGGUCGCAACCCGGGGACUGAGGAGCUCUCUCAGAUAUACUGGGCUGUUAUCCUGAUGUAAUGCUUUGCGUGUAAUACCAGAAGUAUUUUGUAUUGUAUCCGUGCUGUAAGCUACCUGUAAGGUACAGGUUACACACUAGUAAUUCAGUGCGCGAGACUAGGUUGUAUAGUUAAAAUUGAAUUUCUGAUACAUGGUCUCAGUCACCAGUAUGGAUGCGUUUUCCAUUAUAAAAAUACAUAUUUUUUAUGAAUUAUGAAUUUCUUCUCUAUAACAGGAAAAUGAUGAUGAAGUUUCAGAGUCUAAAUAUUUUGGUCUCAGGGGUCAAAUUAACCCGUCGCGGCCGAAAAGUCGAUUCACGGGUCAAAGAUAGUCAAAAUCGACCCCCAAAACUUCAGACCUCCCAAACCCUGAAAUUAUCACGGUCAACCCACAACGAAAAUUUUAUGGUUUAAAGAACUACCACAGGUCUAUCAGACCUCCGGGUAUUAUUCUCAUCGGAAAGUAUGGGAAAAAGUUAUGAGCCAGUAGAUGUCGCCAAAUUAACUGGUUAAUGCAUUCAGCAUUUUAUUACUAGUGUUGUACCCUACACAAAUCGUUCCAUGCAACUAAAUGUACAUGUAUUACUGCAAACUGACAAGAAACCUUUUUGUGUAAUGGUAAACCAGACUGAUGGCAUGAACUUUUCUCAAAAGGAAAUUGGAAUAGACUCUCCAGUAAUGAUUUAUUGACCAGUCUCAAAUUACAUAACGAAUCGAACCUGAUACUUUGUAUGUUCAUUGUGGUAAUAUUUCAUUACGUUGCAUGUACGUACACCUUUUUGCUGUUUUUUCGUUUGAAUAUUUUAUGAAAAUGUGCCUUACAUCUUAUAUUUAGAGAAUAAACAAUAAUAAUUUUCA